AUGGCGACGAAUGCGGGGCAGGGAAAUUCUGCCAGUCGAGAGGCAGAGGAGGCCAAAGCAGCAAAGGGAAAGAAACCCAAGCCUCCGGUUCGACACCAGCUCCCACCGGGCCCUCGUACCCCCUACGAUUUUUACGACGCCAGGACCCCUCCAGCAAUCCCUGAAGAGUCCGACAACAAUCGAGAGUCGCCCAUUUCCGACUCGGAGCCUGCACCUAAACUCGAGCCUGUCAAGUGUCGAACACUCACACCGCACAGCUACAGCCGGUUGCUCGAUAGUUUCUACUGUAGCCACGCCACAGACGUUGUCAGAGGCGCGACCGAGUACCUUGAAUUUUACGGCAGACAGAGACCCCGAAUGACUGGGUUUGUCGUCAGCAACAUGGCGGCCCCUCAGUUAAUUUUCGUCGAUGGCACCUUCGCCGAGCUGGCGCAGGAGAUGGCCGAGUACGUCCAAAUCGGCGAGCAGGUGAAGCCGUAUCUGGCCAAGGAGCAGAACGAAGAGGCACUACAGGCGAUCAUCGAGGCCUCGCAUGUUCUCAAUUCGAUCCCCGAAAAGGAAUUUACCGGCGCUUACAACCUCCUCAUUCAUUUGGUCCUGCAGUCCAAGGAUCCCCUGAAAUAUCUGCCUCCCCUGUGCGGCAACCUCCAGAAGCCCAUCACAUCGUCCCCGGCCCACGGUUUUACUCUCGCCGCCAAUGCCCUGAGCACGGUAUUCAACCUUCUCGAGCCGGACAACCCCACUCGGUUCAAUGUGCUGCUACAGAUCACACGCUUCAUUCGGCAGCACGGUCAAUACGACCUGCUCAAGCCGCGGUUGGAGAAUUUGGAAGGCUGGUUCAACCUAUGGAACACGAGCGACGAGGACCAGCGGAGGCUGUAUGUUGAGGUGUCGGAUACGGCGGCCGAGGCCGGCGAUGACGAGGAUUCGUACCGCUACCUCAUUAAGGCCAUCGCUACCUUUGGCCGCGAAGACCAAGACGAAAUUACGUCCGAGGAGGCCCAAAAGCUCUCCCUGAAGGCCGUCCGCUUGGCCAUCUCGCACCCCGCCCGGUUCGACUUCCAAGACCUACGCAUCCUUCCCAGUGUACAAGCGCUUGGGGAUUCGCACCCCGUCUAUUCACAACUGCUGGAUAUUUUCAUUGAGCAGGACCUGGAGGAUUACAACGACUUCAAGGACGAGCACGAGGGUUGGGUCGAGAAGGAGAAGCUCGACAAUGAGAAGCUGCAGCGCAAGAUGCGGCUGCUCACCUUUGCCAGCCUGGCUGCCAGCACUCCCAACCGCGAGAUCCCGUACGCCAACAUCGCCAAGGCGCUGCAGAUUCCCUCGGAGGAAGUGGAGAUGUGGACGAUCGAUGUGGUCAGGGCCAAGCUUGUCGAGGGGAGGUUGUCGCAGCAACAAAAGGUCUUCCUGGUGCACCGUACCACCUACCGUGUGUUUGGCGAGAAGCAGUGGCGCGAGCUUGCCACCAGGGUUGACCAGUACAAGUCCAUCGUCGACCAGCUGCUCGUCUUCCUGCGUAAGGGCCAGGCCGACGUGGAAGGUCAGCGUGAACGCGAGCAGCAGGAGCUCGAGCGGAAGUUGGCUGGCGCUGGCAUGGGCGGCGGCCCCGGCGGUGAUCGGCGCCGCCAGCAGAAGCCGCGCACUGAUGAGGAUGACUGA